CCUAACCCGUUUGAUACAUAAAUAUAUUUGAAAUCUUGUAGAAAUUACUCACCGUUACAUUGUGUUUCAGUGCGAUCCCCUGUAAGGUAUCUGUAUUACUAACAUAGUGCUUGAUAAAACUAUCAUUUUUAGUAAUGUGUUUGCUAGUGCUUCCGUAUUUUUUUAAUGAUUGUGCUGAUUCUCUUAUACUUAAUCUUUCGUAUGAUCCUCUAUCCAUAUUUGAAUAAAAAAAUUGAACUUUCACUUUCCUUUGAAAUUAGACUUAAACGUUGCACUUCUUGUAGUUUUUUCAUGUAAAUAUUUUUACGUCAUAUUAUGGAAUUUUUCUAAUGUUGAUAUUUAGCUCAAAAUCUUAAAAAAACUUUCGCUCUUUAAUUCCAUUUUUAUCUUUUAAUACAAAUACACCCCCAAACAGCUGAUCAAAAAGUCAAAUGAAAAAGUGACCAAAGGUUUUUUUGACAAUUCAUCUUUCUAUUAAAAAUUGGUCUCAUUAGUACAGAUAUUCAGCACUACGGUAUUCGUAAAUAGUUCAUUUAGAGAACAUAAAAAAGAAGAAUUUAGAUUUUACUAGGUUAUAAUUCUUAAAAAAAGGUAAAAUGAAUUUUGCUUUAUAUUCUUUAAAAAAUACAAUUUUAGAGCAACCAAGUCUUUUACAAAACACAAUUAGAUACGCUAGUAAGAAAACAGGGGGCAGUACUAGCAAUACAAGCACAAAAGUGCGGCCUAAACAUAGGGGCGUUAAGGUUCAAGAUGGUCAUUAUGUGUAUCCAGGUAGCGUUUUGGUUCUCCAGAGAAAUUUAAGGUUUCAUCCUGGCUUGAAUGUAGGCCUGGGCAGAAACGGGACCCUUUUUGCAAUGGUACCAGGCAGAGUAUCCAUUACAUGUGAAAAAGUUGAUUUAGAUUGGGAUCACACUUGGGUACAGAGAUGUCAUGGUCAUAGAAAGGGUGUAGAUUUUUAUAAAAAGUACUUUAAUAUUAUAACGGAGCCUCAACAUCAAAAUUUUAAACUUAUUGAUCAAAUUUAGGAAAAAUGUGUUGUAAUUUAGUCAUUAUACUUAAAACAAGUUGUUAGUUUUUUUUUUAAU